CGGAGCCGUACUUACACACACACACACACACACACACAGACAGGGGCGAACACGAAGUAGUGUGAGAGAAAAAGCUCACUCACUCUUCAAUGGAUUUCUCUUUCCUCAGCGACGCAAUGGCUUCCAAAUCCUACGACAAGAUCGCCGAUAUCUGCGACGACCACAUCCUCCAGGUUUCAACGCAAGGGAUUACAUUCCAGGACGAAUGGCCCUACUCGAUUCAUCUUCUAGGCCACAUCUACAUCGACGACAUCAAUAGUGCUCGGUUUCUAUGGAAAUCGAUACCUUCGUCGGUAAAGGAAAGCCGGCCGGAACUGGUGGCGGUGUGGAAAAUUUGUCAGCGGUUGUGGAUGCGGGACCAUGCGGGUGUGCACGAGGCCAUUCGUGGGUUCAAUUGGAGUCAAGAGACUCGAGAUCUUGUAGCCUCUUUCUCUGAUGUUUACACCAAAAAGAUGUUUCAGCUACUGCUGUCUGCUUAUUCAACAAUAAGCAUUCAAGAUGCUUCUCUCUUCUUGGGAAUGAAUGAGGAUGAUGCUACAAAUUAUGUGCUGCAACAAGGUUGGAGUGUGGACCCGGCUUCUCGAAUGCUAACUGUGAAGAAGCUACCUGUUGUGACGGAGCAGAAAUUAGACCCUAGCAAAUUGCAGCGCCUUACGGAAUAUGUGUUCCACCUUGAGCAUUAAUCAGAUUUUAAAGAAUCUCAAAAUAUGGGUUUUCUCAAGUUUAGAUUUGAAAUUGAGAGAACAUAAGGGGCUGAUGGGGCCAGCACGGGUUCCAUUAUGAUGAUCCAGACUGUUUGUUUUGUAGGGCUCUUCUUGUAUAUCAUCUAUAAAAAAAAUUAGGUGAAUCCGAUAAUCAUAGCCUUUUCAUUUGUCGUAUUUUUUUUUUUGAAAAAUGGAUGGUCUAUUUUCAAAAACAUUAUUGUUGUCCACUUUUCAAAAACAAACACGAUAAAAUGAAAAGGUUAUUAGAUUGAUCUAUUUUUUUCAUGAAUGAUAUACAUUGAAGGUCCUACAAAAUGAAUGGUUCAGAUCAUCAAAUUAGGGCCCGACCCAAAAAGAAAAAAGAAAGAGGGAUAAAAUUCAUUGAUUUUUGUGUUUUGAAUCUAGUCCACUGAAGCUAAAUAUUGGCUUUUUAAACUCAUCUUUGUUUUAUUAUGUCCUAUGAGUACUAGCACAAGUUUCAACUUUCUACCCCUACUUAGGUAUUAAUAGAUUUAGCAUUAGCCAAGGAAUACAUGGGAGUCCUGUGAAGAUCAUGGUUAGUAAAAGCAAGAAUAUAUUUGUUUUGUUUCCAUGUACAGUUUGACAACUUUUGGAUUUGUGGAGGGGAAAAGCUUGUAUGUUAUUGCUUUUUCUUUUCUCUUUCACAAAUCUAAGAUUCAAACAUAUCACACUAGCUUUGGUGCCAAGGAGAGAGUGCUUGUGUGUGCAACUAACUUGUUCUUUAUUUGUCAGACA